AUGGACGACAGCCUAGACAUAGCCUGCCUGGGUGCCCGCUCGACUGGGUGGCUGGCUGGCUGGCUGGCUGGCUGGCUGGCUAGCCGGUCGGUCGGCUGGCUGGCUGACUGGCUGGCUGGAUGGCAGGCAGCUCGUCGUGGUGCCAGCAUGAAUGUGAAACGUUCCCCUCAACCUACUAGUACGUCGUCCGCAUGUGUGUUUCUCGCCCAUGACGUCAUCUCGUGUAAAGGACUCGGUGAGGCGUUGUUGAAUGGCUUCGACGACGUCCCCACAUGUAACGUGCACACGUCGGAGCCCUUCCCAACCUCGGUGGACAUCGCUCUUGCACUGUUUUCCUUAAAAUGUCCAAUUCUUGUCUUUUGGAAGUACUUAAGGGUGUUUUGUUUUGAGAGGCUUUGUUGCGGUGCAGCAUUGACACCAAAGAACUUUUCUGCACCCCUGGCGGUUCACCCCGCACCACAUCAAUAA